AUGUUUAAACUCUUCCCAUUAAGCCUACAGUCUCGAUCCCUAGCCCUGCUCCCCGACCAGGACCUCGAGCAAACAAAGCCGCGGCUUCGGCAUCCGCCGGCCGCGGUGAGGGGCGGCCGGGCCGUGACCCACCUGACCUCUACCUGCCGGACGGGAGGCCACGCCGGGCCCGGCCGCUCUUCCUUCGCUGCGGGGAGCCGGGGGAACCGGGAGGGGACCCCGCUUAGCCUCCCGGGCUGUCCCUUGCGGGGCCGGGGCCGGAGCCCACGCCCACUGGCGGCCUCGCUAGGGCCGCCCCCGCACUGCAGCAGUGAGCGCCGGCGGGCCCCGGCCGCGCUCGGGGGAGCCACCUGCACACCAGGCCCGCCUCCAAGGCACCGCCCGAACCCUGUGCACCCGGAGAGGAAGCACCUGCCGCUCACGGACCCGCAAGAGGAGACGCCCCGGCUCCCUCGGCUUCGCCUGGCGGCCGAAGGCGCCGGCCUGACUUACCGGCGGCGGCGGCCUUUCUCAGCGGGCGCGCCCACGGGAGGCGCGGAGGAGCCAAGCUGGACGCCAAGGGUUAAACGAUCGGCAGCUGCGGCGCGGCCGGCAGCCGGAACGGCGGAGGAAGCGCAGCUCCCGAGCCGCAGCGGCCGCGGCUCCAGGACACUGGGCGGGCCGAGGGGACGGACCUUAGACGCUUGGGGGCGGGGACAAGGGCGGGCCCUCGGUGCGUGGGGAGGAGCCUAGAAGGGCUGGGCCGGGAGGCGGGCCCUUGGCAUAUAGGGGCGCGGCCAAAGGUGGGGCUUCUCUGCGGACGGGGCGAGGCAGGGCGGAGAGCGGGCCCUCGGCGCGUGGGGGGCGUGGCUAAGGGAGAGCGCUUGGUGAGUGGGGCAGAGGCCGGGGAGUGUCCUCGACGCUCGGGGCAGGGCCCGGAAGACGGGCCCUUGGCUUGGGGGGCGGGACCAGGAGGCGGUACCUCGGCUGGCGGGGUGGGUCCCGGGGGCGGGUCCUCAGCGCGCGGGGGCGGGUCCUGAACACGGACUCCAGAGCCCAGGGCUCCCACCUCAAGUCUCCCGCAGCUUCCCGGCGGCGGGCGUCGCUCUCAGCGAGAACAACUAGCUCCUGCCCUCGCCGCGGGUCUGCUUCUGGGGAGACAUCGCACAGGUUGGGGGGAGGUUUGGCUCCGCCUCUCAUCUGGGCCUUCCCCCGACACACCCAAAUGGAAGGGGACGUCGGUCAGUGAAUCAGCCGGCCCAAGGAGAGGUUUGGAGUUACAGACAAGGAGAACCGAUGGACCCGAGAAAGGUGGGCUCCGUGGCACUUGGCCAUCGGGACUACACCCAAACUCUCGGGGAGGAAGCGAAAUGAGCCCUUCUGUACACGCUCGGGCCGCUGGAGGUUUGGGGACCCUGGUAAGGUGCGCCGGCCCCACAGGCCGCACUUUUCCGACCCUUGGCAUCUGAGAAGGAGCCUUCGGACCUGGACAGUCCAGAUGCACCCAACCUGGCCUGACAGCUGCAGAGCGAGAAGCACCUGAUGACGGGACUCAGGCACAUUUCACCUGAGCAUCCUGAUUGCACCGGCUCAGGCUCCCAGCCAACCAAAACAGUGGCACCUGUUGAUUGAGGUUGCGAUUUCUAUGGAAGCCUCUAACAAUUUAACCCCUCACUGUCCCCUGGGAAUUUUCAGACCUAGUUUGGGGCUCAUAAAUGCUAGGCCAUCCAUGAAAGAGUUUGGGGGGGUGGGAGUGGGGAGUCCAUGAACACGUUGAAAUUGUGUAGAAUAUUUUGUGUUAUGUAUGUUUCUGGAGAAAGAGUAUAGAGUUUGUAUCAGAUUCCCGAGGGGAUCUAUCACCUCCCCCCAAACAUCAAGAAUGUUUUAAUAGUUUGGGAUGCUGGACCUCUCACCAGCCAGGCUUCUGAUUCUGAUUCCAUCUCCACCCAAUUGGCAUAUACCAAGUGUCCCAGAUGUAAAUCCUCUAAUGGUCAAUUAUAGGAAUGGUCUUAAAGUAAAAACAGAAGAAAACUAAAGGAUUGAGCAUUUGCAAGACAAAGAAUUAAUUUCAUGAAAAUUGAUUUCCUAAUGAAGAUGCGAUAAGCUCCAUUUUUACAAAAACAAAGUUGACAAACAGGUGUUUCUUUCUUUUUAGGUUUCUCAAAUCCUAGCCACACUGCACAUGGCAUUGAACUAACAGAGAUAAAAGAACUGCUUAUACCCACCAUUAAGGAGAGAGAAUCAGUUUGUGCCAAAACCACCAUGUACAACUUUGUCCUAGUGCAUUUAUAUAAAAUAAAACACUUCCCUUAUAGUUAGGUCACCUAGGUCUGAAGAAUGCCAGGUGUGUGGGAGGUUAAUAUAAAUUAACUUUGACAAAUAAGGGUAGUGUAAACCCUUAAAAGAACUCCAUUUAUAAUUAGGAUUAUAUGUAAAUGUACAGCACUAAGAUUUAAAAGUUUAUUCUUACAAGGAUCUGUUUACUUGGGUCAAGCUGUCUUGUCACCCUUGAUGUACUGAGCUGUGUUCAUCUGUUUAAGACAUGUAAAUAACAUAGAUUCCUUGCAUAAUAAUACUCAAACUA